AUGGUUUUAUUUCUAGGAAAGAUAAGGAAGACCUUGGAUGUUCUUUGUAGUCCUGAUUCGGACGAAUCGUUGCGUAAAUGCAAGAUGCAAUGGCUCAUGGAACUUAUCACUUUUGCUCAGGUAUGUGAAACCAUGUUUUGUAACUGGUAUCUAACAGGAAGGUGGCAAGUAGCGCACCAUCGCACAUGCAUGGUCAGGGGUUCGAAUCCAGGGCCCAAACUUUUUCGUAUUCAGAUUGCCACUGAUGAAUGCGAUUUUGGAAUGGGGCUAGAGUUGGGUCAGUGGUUGUUCCUAGCAAACCACGAACCGCUCGAUAAAUUCGCCCAUAGACUUCUUGCUAUUGCAUAUUCAAUGUUGGGUCGUCAAGAAUACAAGAAGAUUGUCGAUCUUCAGAUGGCUCCUGGCAUCCGGAGAAGAAGUGAGCUCGAUGCUCGGAAGAAAAACCCGGUCUAA